UGGUACGGUCUUCAUCUACUACACGGUCUGACUAUCGUGCUGAAUUUAUCAGCUGUACCAUGAAAAUUUGAUUUAAUAAAUUUAUUUAUUUAUAUAUUUUUUAAUAUAACAAUCAAUAUGUGAUAAAUAGAUUCAUAAUUUAUUUGUGAGUGAAUUUAAAAAGGACUUUUGUUAUGGUUGCAAGUGAAGUGAAUUAUAGAAAAAAAGGGAUUCAAAUAUCCACCAUGUCCACAAGUCAAAAUAUGUUAAUUAGGUUAUCUAUAGUAUUAGGGAUGGCUGCGGCAGUUGUUACGGUUAUAUAUUUAACACCGAUGCCAGAUCAAAAUUUCAAAACCUGUGAUAGACCUUGCCAUGAGCUAGACUGGCCAAUGAUAUGUAGGGUCAAGCUCAACAUUGAAAUGUACCAUACAGAUAAUCACAUCUGUCAAGACUGUCGAAAUAACUCAUCACAUCCUCUAUCGAAAUGCAACAAUAUUUUUUGCCAAAUGACGGAAGAAAGCAAUCCAAGAACAAUCGUAACAGCUAAUAGACAGAUUCCCGGGCCAGCGAUUCAAGUUUGCAAAAAUGAUAUUUUAAUAGUGGAUGUCAUAAAUAGAAUUCCUGGGAAAAGCGUGACUCUCCAUUGGAGGGGUCAGACUAAUCAUGAAGCUCCUUUCAUGGAUGGUGUGCCAAUGGUAACGCAAUGUCCAAUUCCCAGCUUCACGACUUUCCAGUAUAAAUUCCGUGCUUCCCAAGCUGGCACGCAUUUCUAUCACGCCUACAUGGAUGCGGAUAGAUCAAAUGGCCUUUUUGGCGCCUUAAUUGUCCGGCAAUCCGACAGGACGGACCCUAAUAAAAAGUUAUACGAUAUUGACUCUAAGGAUCACGUGGUGUUAAUCUCGGAAUGGUCUGGUGAUUUCAGUCAUCCAUCCCCCAUCAACCGAGACCUAUCGAAAACACUUCUUGUAAAUGGAAGGGCGCCCAGUGAACGAGGCUCGAGUCUGACAAUGUUUAAUGUCGUACCUGGCAAAAGGCACCGUUUUAGGGCGGCCUACACAAGCGGGUUGUCCGGCUGCCCCAUCGACCUAACAGUGGACAAGCAUUUGUUAAAAAUUAUUGAACUGGACGGAAAUCCCACUCACCCCUAUGAAGUCAGUUCCAUUCGAAUUGCGAAAGGUGAACGGGUCGAUUUUGUUUUAAAGGCCAGCCAGGACAAAGGGGCUUAUUAUUUAAAUGUCAAAUCGAGUUGCGAAAACAACAAUUUACACGGAUUAGCAGUGAUAAGUUACGAAGGGCCAAAAAGCGUAAAAGAAGAAGAGCCUAAGAAACACCAGGCAAGGAAUCAAAGCGACAACAAAUUGGAAAGACAUUUCGAUUCAUCCCUCUGCCGAACUGGAAUAGGAAAAGUUUGCCUGGGCGAUGUUAAAUCGUUGGGUAAAAUACCUGAUGAAUUGCAGAGAGAGGAUGUCGAUAAAAAAAUCUUUUUGGAGAUAGAUUACCGGUAUGGUGAAAGGGAAACGAAUUACGGUGGCUUUACGGACCUUCGAAGAAAAAUUUACAGAUUAAACAAUUUAACGUUUAGCUAUCCGUCGUCACCGCUGCUGACUCAACCCCUGGAUAUUCCAUCAGCAUUAAUUUGUAAUGAAUUUUCACAGCCGGACAGGUGUCUGGACAGAAAUAUAUGUGAAUGUGUACACCUGGAGACUGUUCCUUUGGGACACACUGUCGAGAUAAUUCUUAUAGAGCGAGCUGGAGAUGACGAACACGUUCUCCAUUUUCAUGGAAACCACUUCUACGUGAUUGGCUCUCGGGAAUUUGACUAUCCACCCACAAGAAAAGAAAUAAUAGAAUUGGAUAAAACCGGAAAUUUAUUAAAAAGAAAUCUAAAGAAUCCCGUAAUGAAAGAUACUGUGCGGGUGCCAAAGUAUGGAGUGGUCAUUUUAAGAUUUCUUGCAGAUAACCCUGGCACUUGGAUGAUAAGGGAUGAAAACUCGCAUGGUUGGAGUAAAGGAUUGGACAUGGUAAUUGAAGUGGGAGAGAGACACGAAAUGGUAGCGACCCCAUCAAAUUUUCCUACUUGCGGAGAUUAUGUUGGACCUGAUUUCUUUUUGUUGUAAAAUAUAAAUUUUACCUGUGAUAAGUAACAUGUAUGUACAUGACAUUUUAUUAUGAUAAUAAAAAAAUAUCUUGGUAUAUAAGAGUUCAGCAGCAUAUACAUGACACAUCGCCUUAAAUUUAUUGCUAAAUAAAUCUCGAAUGAGUAAAAUAUUAUUAAAAAAUGAAGAUAAUUUUGUUAACUUAAUGUGACUGAGAAAUUGUAAUUGAUUUAUCAUAGCAUGUAUAUAAAUCUUUAGCUAAUAGUCAAGUUAUAUUUUUUUAUUUGUAAAUGUUUAUUAUGUUGUAAAUAAUUUUUUGUACUAUUAAUAGAAGAUAAUAUUGUUUUUGUUUACUUUUAAUUUGCGGAAAACAGUAAACGCUG